AUGACAGUAGGAUAUUUUCUAAGAAAACAUUUUCCCAGGAAGACGGUUUAACAUGACCCCCAAGACUGUCGAAGGAACUGACAAUCAGUAUGGGGCCCUCCUGCUUCAUCUGGUUCCUACUGAUCUCACUCUCACCCAAAGCAACAGAUACUUUGGGGGUCAAAACAAGUGACUUUCCUAUUAAAUUCCUGAGGAACCAAGAAGCCUUCAUCCCAUGUACAGUAACUGAUUAUGGGGCUGGGGAACUGGACGUGAAGCUUUUCUCUUUUGAGUGGAAAAUGAAAACCUUGAAUGGAAGCGACAAACAAGUUUAUCUGUAUGUGUCUGGGACUCACACCCCCACCCGGCCGGGAUCCUACAUAUCAGACAGUGAGAUUAUAAGAGGCAAUGUGGCACUUCACUUACCCCGGGUUCAGUUCACAGAUGAAGGAGAAUAUACCUGCACUGUCUUUUAUACCCCUAAUAAAGUAGUGGGACAUUCUACUCUGCAGGUGUCAGCUCCCCCAACUGCCAGUCUGACACCUACUGAUAUCACAAUGGAGCCUGGAAUGGAGAAGACAGUUGUAUGUAAAGCCAAUGAGUUUUAUCCCAAAGACAUAACUUUCCAUUGGAUAAAACACAUCGCUGGUUCCAGAGUUGGUCUGUUACAAGAAGACGGAGUCUCUUACACUCACCCAAAAAAGAACAAAGAUGAAACCUACAAUCAAACAAGUUUUCUGCGGAUUAACCCAACACUAGAAGAUAAUGGGAAUAUAUAUUCCUGUAAUGUGUCCCACAGAUCCAUGGAAACUGAUCUGCACUUCAAUCUCACUCUCUCUGUGACAGAGCCAGACAACCAGGGAAGCACAAUUAUUGGAGCUGUGGUUGGAGUGUUACUUCCAGUCCUUUUUCUGGGUCUGUCCAUUUGUAUCUACAUGAUGUUCUAUAAGAAAGUGGCGCCAAAACUCUCUGCCAUUACCGGAGCAGAACAUUUGGUGCAUAUGAACAGGGCGACUCUGUGCUGCCAGAUCUCUGGGUUCCGACCCAAACCCAUCAGAAUUACAUUGUGGCUGAAAAGAAAAGGGGGAGAAGUGAUGGAAAUUGACUCCUGGAAUUCGGAGACACAAACGGGUUCCUCUGCCCCAGUGUCACAUCACAGAGAGGAGCAGCGUGUGGUUAUUGACCCAGAGAGAGAAGGGUUAAUGAGUAAUGGGAAUGGGACUAAUCUGCUCCCAGCACAGAGACCUCUGCGAGUGGAAAUGUUUCCUAUAAUAACAACAAGUAAAUCUCAGCGACUUUCCAACUGUCAGUGCACAAUCCAUAUAACUCCAGACAUAGAGGAAGAUGAUGGAGCAGAACUGACAGUGAGGGUCACUCACUCUGCCCUGAGACUCCCCAUCUCUGAGUCCUGUCGGCUGAAGGUCAGGGGAGUUAAACCCAAAUUAGCAAAGAUUAUAUCCCCCCUCCACAUCCUCCAUGGAGAACCCCUGACUCUGACCUGUCCCAUCUAUGGGUUCAAGCCAAAGCCUCUCUCUGUUACUUGGCUGAAAGUGGAUCCGAGGGGUCGGGAAACAGAACUUCUCAGCUGGAAACGAGGUACCACCAACAUUAAUGAUCCCAAAUAUUCCCAUCAGCUGGCAGAGGAUGAGAGAGAAGAGGGAGAAGAAGAAGAUGAUAUGAACUAUUUUGUAAGCAAUCUGACCCUGAAGCCCACAGUGAAGGAAUAUCAUGGGACUCAGUACGUCUGUAGGACUCAUCAUUAUACAACAGAACAUACAGCAGAGAAACGUAUGGAAAUGCAGGUUUUAUCCGUGCCAGAACUGGAUCCCAUAGAGAACGCACCAGAGGUUCUAUAUGUUGGGGAUGAGAUGAAGUUGUCCUGCAGAAUCCAUUCCUUCCAUCCACGGACAUUGGAUGUUUCCUGGUACAAAGAGAAUGAGAUCUUGACAUCACACGAUGAUCCAAUACUCCAUAAUGCCAGUGGGUUGUUGCAUUUCACCAGUCGUACAACCUACACUCCUUGUGUGAAGGACAUUGGGAAGAAGUUCAGGUGUGAGGUCUCUCAUCCAACUCUCCAAAAUCCCAAAUGUGUUUCCUGGGAACUAAAAUAUCUGAUAAGUGAGCCGAGGGUAAGUGCCAUAAAGUGUGACCCUGAGGUUCCUGGGUGCAACCAAACUACAACAUUAUCCUGUGAUAUAGAGAAAUUUUACCCUAAAGACCUCAAAAUCCGAUGGUAUUGGGGGCUGGAAGUCAUCAAGUCAGAAGGUGAUCCAGAAGGUGCCAAGGAAGACCCAGAAUCAGGACUUUUCUCCAGAACCACAGAAAUACAGAUCAUUCCCACUAUUAAUGACCACGGGAAACAAUUCCUCAUGGAGAUAAUUCACAACUUCAAGAUCUACAAAAAAACAUCCAUGAAAUGUAAAGGGCUGCCGACAGCAGAGCAUUCUGGGAAAUUAUUCACCUGCCUGAUAAAACACAAGGAGCUACCUCAACCGAUUGAGAAGAAUAUUUCUCUGAAGCUCCCGGCUCUAAAAGAAGUUGCACCAAAAAAAGCAGAAGAAGUGGAUGGGCCAAGAAUCGUUCCAGCAGAAGUGGGAGAGAUUGAGUGUGUGACCCCCAACCAGGUCCGGACUGAGAAUUAAAAUAGGCCCUGGCAUUUCAGGUACACAGAGGCCCAAUCAGCCCACACAGAGGCCCAAACAGUCCCCACCAGCCCAUUAAAUAGUGACUUUCUAUGGGACCUUAUAGCAGCCCCUCUGGCAUUUGCCAGAACCCACAGAUUGCCAGUCCGGGCCUGCCCCCAACCCCAGGAAGGGAGAGUCUAUUACUCUUCAGUGUAUUGUGAAAGGGGUGCAUGUCAAUCAUGGCAUCUUCUCCUGGAGUGAUGGAAUAUUCCCCAUUGAUGAAAAUCUCAUAGACAACUCCAACCUCACUGAUGGCUCCGGCUGUAUCUCCAAGGUCACCUUCACUCCUGAUGAUGAUGAUGAUGAUGGGGAAAUCAGAUUUGAGGCCACAUUUAACUUAGUAACCACUGAGAGAACCUUCCAACUGCCAUGGGUGGGGGAUUUUAAACAGGGGGUCUAUAAUAGCCCCUAUUUAGAAUGCUGAACCUAAAAGAACCUAUUUAUAUGUGAUGCUUGAUGUUCUACCAUGGACUAGAAAUGCCUAAAAGUGAACACUAUCCCAAAAUGUUUUUGUUACACAGUGUGACAUGUUAGUGUCACAUGAUGUCAAUGGUUUCAAAUGGGUUUGUGUUCCACCUGAGGAAGGGGUUGUUCCCCCAAAAGCUUGUGCCUCAUUUUUCUGCAAUAAAAGAGUUAAAGGCA